AUGGCGACCACGGACGUUGCAGCUGUGGGCAAUGCGUUGGUAGAGUUCGCACUCCAGGGCCAGUUCCCGGAGGAGGAUGUGUCCACCCGUCGGGUCGGCGCCCGAGACUUCGGUCCUGCUCUCCAGCUCUUGGCCGCAGCCAAGACGAAACUAGAAUCCGAGAUCCACAAAAUCAACGAGGAAACAGCCCCCGACGUCCAGUCAUGGGUUACGAACGCGAAGACCGUCGAAGACGACAUAAACCGAUCGCGCAGCUUGGCGAAUGAGAUCGUGCGCAGGGCGGAAGCCCCCGAGGUGUCAGGGCAAACGAUCCACGAAGCCGAAGAGAAGGUCAACUUCCUGCAGCGCGAAACCGUCUACAAUCGCCAGGUCCGCGAGGCCCUCACGAGUGUCAAGCACGUCAACGAGCUGCUGGAUCAGGUCGAGAAGGCCAAGGAUGAGCGCAGGGUGCUCGACUCUCUCCACCUGCUCGAGCAGACAUGGGCUGCGCUCGACCAAAUACCCGCCAGCAAAUCGUGUCGCAUCAUGAGGAUAUUAGAUAUGCGAGCUUUCGAGCUCAAGUCAGCAGUUCACGAUGUGUUCGACCACGUUUGGAAGUCACUUGUGCAAGUCGACGCGGAGAAGGGACAGGUGGGCAUUUACUCUAGCCGGCCAGAGGAGCAAAUGAGCCUGUCUGAGGCACUCGUCGGUCUGAAAGCUUGUAAGGAAGUGGACCAGAGGAUGGCGCUUCUGUGGCAUAGCGUGGACGAGACCAUUGUUGCCCCCCGAACCAAUCUCGAAGGCAACUCAUUGCCAGGGAUUGCUAUCGAUGAGGCUACACUCAGCCUUGAUGGCCACGCAGAUCGUAGCAUCUCCUCUCUGUUCAUCGACCUAGAGAAGAUAAUGUCCUACUUUUCAAAACGACUUCCAGACGAACUUGUUCGCUCUCUAUCUAUAGUUAUGAUGCCGGAGCUUGUGCCUCGUAUCAAGGCCGUCUGGUUGGACUCCGUAGUCCCGGCAUCCCUCAAAGAGAUCGACCAGUUCCAAGAGGUUCUUGGUUCGGUAAGGCAGUUUUGUAACACACUAAAGGAGCUAAACUACUCUGGCUUUGAUGACUUGCAAGACUGGGUCAACAACGCCCCUCGGGUCUGGUUGACCAAGUGCAGAGAGACUGCACUUGAUACUGUCCGUGUCAAGCUCGCCCAAGGUCUAGGCAACACGAAGGAGGUAGAACGCGUAGAAACACAGACUGUUUCUCGAACCGAGGGGGCAGAGCUUGCCGCAAAUGGAGCGCCAGCCACCGUGGAUGACGAUGAUUGGGCGGCUUGGGAUGAGGGAGGUGAUGACGCCGCCGGUGCUACCGACCAUGCUCCUGCCAAUGCAGUAGAGACUGCGACCGGUGAUGAGGAAGACGGUGCUGACGCUUGGGGUUGGGGCGAGGAUGCACCAGCUGAGGAGCAGCCACCUGCAACUUCUGCAGCUUCCGCUCAACAGCCACCAGCAGAGGACGAUGGAGGAGAUGCUUGGGGCUGGGGCGAUGAAGAUACUGCAGAGCAUCCGACGGAGAAGAAGGCACCCCGGGCUCCGACUGCAUCUUCAAAUACCCGAGAGAUGACGUUGAGAGAGACUUACAAGAUCUCAUCCAUGCCAGAACCUGUACUUGCACUCAUUGCGGCGAUCCUGGAAGAUGGGGCAUUUUUGGUUGGAUCUGAAGGCAACCCCGUCGCCGCCGCGGCAGCCGGUCUCUUCGGCCUGCCUACCUUUGUCCUGGCCAUGUUCAGGGCUGUGUCGCCCUACUACUAUGCUCUUGACGCUUCCGGGGGUGGUAACAUGUUUCUAUACAACGACGUCACUUACCUGUCCGAGCGCCUCGACGACCUAGUUGCUUCAUGGAAAGCACGAGAUGAUUUAGUGCCCCGUGCCAUAAACAUGCUACGACUGGAUAACGACAUCAAAACCCUGAGGUCAUUCGCCGCCCGCGCUUACGCGUCGGAGAUGACCACCCAACGCACCAUCGUGCGUGACCUGCUGGGCGGGCUCCAGAACAUACUGCAGCAGAACAGCGACCCCGCCGACCUAAUAAUGCAGGUUGAGGCGGCAACUGCGCGGGUCCGAGUCAUGGCCUCUACCUGGUCUAACAUCCUGUCAAGGUCAGCCUGGUGCCAGGCUGUGGGCUCGUUAGUCGACACCUUGGCGUCCAAACUCGUAACGGAUGUUAUGGACCUGGCCGGCAUCGGCCAAGACGAGGCGUACAACAUUGCCAACCUCAUCGCCAAGAUCACGGAGCUGGACAGCCUGUUCCUGGCCCCGGGCGCCGCCGAGGACGAGGUCCCGGCCACCAGCCAGUACGCCGACAACUGGCUGCGCCUCAAGUUCCUGUCCGAGGUGCUGCAGAGCAACCUCAACGAGGUCAAGUACCUGUGGAUGGAGAGUGACCUCAGCCUCUACUUCACCGUAGACGAGGUCGUGGAUCUGAUCGGGCUGAGCUUCGUGGAUAAUGCCCGUACGAGGGAUAUUGUCCGGGAGAUUAGGAGCACCCCGCAACCUAGGUCGUAG